GGCACACAAGAUACAGAGGGGGGUUACAGUCAGACACAGUUCCAGAGCAGAACAGAACAAAAGCAGAACACAGAACCCAUGAAUUGAAACGAAAGAUAGAAAGAUUUGAGUUUGAUGCGAGCUCUACAGAAUGAUCUCUUGAUGAAAUGGCUGUAUUGACGAUGGCUUUUAACAACAAUAACAACAACAGCAGCAGCAGCGCCAAUAAUAACAAGAAUACAAACAACGAAGCCAAGCUUACUUUCCAUGAUUUUCUUGGAAUGAGCUGUGCUCCCGAUUCCCCUCUUCUUGUGGCACCAAAGACCUCUGGUUUUGUUGGAGAUAUCCGUCCAUCAGAACCAUCCGCCUCGGCUUCGGCUUCUGUCGGAGCUUCUUCAAGCGCUCAUGGUCCUGUUUCCGCUGCUACUUCUGAUCUGGGUUCUGUAGAAAGGCAGGCGGGGAACCAAUUUGAAGGGGUUUCAUUUCAUGGCUCGAGGAGUGAUUUGUCUGGGCCUGAGAUAAGCAAUAGGUUCCCUGGAAGAAAGAGGAUCAAUUCGGAGUCCACAUUCAUGGGGUCAACAAGAGAUGGGAUGCCUCAAACAGGCCCCGGAUCCCUUGAAAACUCCCACCUGAUGAAAAUACUCCGAAAUGGAGGUGGGGGAGAGCGGCCAAGAUGGUCCCAAGAUGAGGAACUUUUCUUUGGUAUGCAACCACCAAGGCCGACUUCUACUUCUAUCAUAUUACAGCCACCCAUUGGCAGUGGUAGACCUGAUUCUGUAAUUUCGAAGUGGGAGCGGCCUAUGCACAUGAAUGCAGGCUCCAUGAUGCCCAUGAAAACUCCUCUUCUAAACCAAACCACACCCUUCGCUGAUAAGGUCUCCUCUACUAAAUACAGGGAGGCCAAUACCGGCCCUUGGCGAAUCUCUCAACCAGCUGCUGAUGAGGGCUCUAGAACGGGCAUUAAAGGUUCUGGAAUUCUGAGUGUCAUUAAUGCCAGUGGUGGACCUUCUGAAAGAAACUCACCUGGGGUGAUGCCAAGUGGCAGCAGACCGACUUCUGGACCUCACAUUGGAGAUCCUGAAUCUUCUAAUACAAUGAGUCGACAUGGAUUAAUGUCUGCUAGUCGUCAAAUGACUAUAUUUUAUGCUGGUCAAGCUCAUGUUUUUGAUGAUGUCCACCCUAACAAGGCAGAAGUAAUAAUGGCAUUAGCAGGAUCAAAUGGGGCAUCAUGGUCCACAUCUUAUUCCCCAAAGUCUAGUGCGCAGCCGCCCCAUGGUGAAAACUUCCCCUCCGGUGGAGGGAAUGAAAUGGGCAAAAGCAGCUUACCAUUCUCACAGGAUAUACGUGGAAGGUUAUCCAUAUCAGGGAAUCCCUGUCAUGGACUUACUAGCCAAGGUGGCCGAGUCUCAACGACCCGAAGUGAUUCUCUAGACUUACCCUCAGGAGUGCAGCAAAGUGGUGUAGUAGCGAGGGAUACAAGAAGCCUUGCUCGAGCAUCAGAAACUGAUACCAGAAGCAGAAGAGAGGUAUGACAUUGCAGAGUUCAAGGGCCAUGUUCAUCCUUUUUUUUCCCCUUUCCUUGAUAUAUUCUCAGCAUAGCUGUUGUUUGUCCAGACAAAUUUGACUUUUUUUUUCUUGGAGAGGCACAAUUCAACAUUAGGGUUUACAAUCAAAUACCCACCUAGUCAAACUUCACAGAUGCUGUUACUUCAUUCUCCCUUCUCUACAUUAAGAAGCACUUCUUUUGUACCCUUUAAUACAACCUAUAUCAUGGCCUGGUGUCUAUUGGAAUAUGAAAUAUUUUUCUAUUUGAGUCAUGUCAGUUACAUGAGGUGAGUGGACUUGUGGUCCAGAAGGCCUUCAAAACAGCAAAAGUUGUGUCAAUUUGUG